AUGGUUGUGCUACACGUGAAACUCGGCGAUCAGAAUGUGUUCUUAUACGAGACCAGUGUGACCGAAACCACAGAUACCGUUAUUCGCGAGCUGAUAUCUGUUUUCAAUGGUCGCCUAAAAAUUCAACGCAUUUGCAUGGAAAUCGAGGAAUUGGCUGAGCAUGGCACAAUGCUACCCCAUGAGAUGCAGGGCCUAAACGAUGACCAGAUCGAGGAGCUCAAGCUGAAGGAUGCCUGGGCAGAGAAGUGUAGACCUAUGGGUGGUUUUACUUACAACAAGGAUCCACUGUGCCGUCGCAACGGUCAACAGGCUAACGAAGCCAUGCGCAAGGUCCUCGCAGGUGCAAUGACCGAUGCCAAAGCCAUGAUUGAUAAGAAAUUGUGCAACUUUUCGAAACCUCUGACGCUAAAGAUCAUUCAGGAGGCUUUAAAUAUUCUACGCGGUGCUGUUACUAUUGUUUAUCCCAUGAAGUUGCCUCCACAUGACACCAUUCAAAUGGAGUUCACCAAUAUGGAGGAUCUGACUGGCACUCAGGCCUCCAAAGACGUGAUUGAACCCUCCAAGGCUCAGCUGUGGUUUGCUGGUCGCCAAAUUUUAAGUGGAAAAAUAUUGAAAGAGUAUUUGGGUAAUAAUGACAAGACCAAGGUUGUGGUCAAGCUGAAUCAGCUGGGCGAAGGUCCGCCGGCACGGGAGCAGGUGAUCACGGAGCAUGUGCGUCGUCAAUUGAUGGCCGCUGAGUUUAAGCGUCAGGAGGAGCUCAAGGUAGGUGUUCAUUAA